AUGCCUGAGCCAACGGCAAUUGAAAUAAAUCAUCAAAAAUGGAUCAACAACAUCAAAACGGCUGCACUUAACGCAAACACGCCUUUAUACAAGUUGAUGUUAGAAGGUUACGCUGAUUGGUGCCAUGAAGAGAAUACACCAGUACGAAGAGUGUUGUUAUGUGACUUAAAUAUCGAGGUCCCUGCUCAGAAAGUGAUCGAGAAAGUCAUAGAAAAAUCAACAGACACUUCGACAUCAAAGAAUGAAUAUAACACGAUGAUGAUAGAAGGAGAAGAUAAAAGAUUAGCUGAACAAGCAGAAAAAGAUGCAAAAAAUUUUGGAGACUAUAAUUAUAUGGAUAAUCCCUUUGUCUUUGGUGGCCCCUUUCAGAACAUGAACCCACUUGACGGGAAAAUGAACCCAACAUGGGAUACGAUGGGUACUACGAUCGAUAACAAUGCGGAGUUGUUGACCGGUCGAGGAUUGAUGGUAUGGGGUAACCACUCAGUCAGCGCAUUCCAAUCAGAGGUAGCGGCGGUAAAUACAAGUCAAAGACCAACCUGUUAUUUAGGAAAUAGAUUUGACCCACUUUAUCAUGAGAAAAAGAAAGCAAGGAAUCAGCCUUACCCAAACAGUCAUCAUCAUCAAACUUAUCCAGAUAACAACCAUCAAAACAAUACUCAAACUUACUAUUCUAAUCCCAAUCAUCUUUAUCAACGCCAUAAUGAUUAUCAAUAUAAUCAUCCAAGUAAUUUUCACCAACCCAGAGGUGGCCCAUCUAAUGGAAAUCGAGGUGGUGGUAGAGGAGGUAGAGGUCGCGGUAGAGGUCGUCCUGGAAUAGGUCCAGGAAGUUUCAAUAGAUUGAUGAUUGAACCAACAUCAGGUGGUCCAGAGGUAACGACACCAGGACCGUCUGGUUCUUAG